CGAACGUCAGCUUGUGCCAUCUAUUCUGUAUCUUCAAGAUUCCGCAGCAGCGACGCCCUCAUCUGGCCAUAAAAAAUUGUACCUUGUAUCUGUGUAAAUGAAAUAUAUAUUGUCAAAUACGACCAAAAUAUUUCCACAAAAAUGGCGUGAAGUUUGGGAAAAUUUUCGUUUUUUCAUUUAAAUUUCUGCAUCUUUAACAUCCCCAACACAUUUAAUUUCAUCAAGAUGUGUGCAAAAGCUAAUUCAUUGGAGGGUUUAUUCAACAUGGCCACUCGACAGCAAUGCAUGACGAAAAUAAAAAGAUAUCCUGCAGUCAGCCUGAGCAAGCUACGACCUGACAGUGAAGCAGUGCUGGUGCCGCUGUGUCGCGUCGACGGCAUCCCGUCCAUACUGUACACCGUGCGCUCUCAACAUUUAUGGUAUAACAAAGGCGAAAUCGCGUUUCCCGGCGGAGUAAACAAUAAAAAAGAGACCCUGAUAGAAACAGCCCUUCGGCACACUGAGGAGGACAUAGGCUUGAAACCGGACAAAAUAGACAUUUGGGGCAACGGGCCAGCAUUCCCGGGGCGGGAUAACAAAAUACUGGUCACUCCUGUUAUUGCUUCGGUCGACCGGUUGACGGACGCAGAUCUGAAUGUAAAUAACAAGAAAGUAGCGGAAGUAUUCACUGUGGCUAUAGAAGUGCUGUGUGACCCGAACAACCAGUUCGCUUCCAACUGCGACGGCUUCCUGCUGCCGGUGUUUGCUGCUGACAAAUACAUCAUCAGAGGUCUCACUGCGUACAUAACACACGUACUUCUAAAUUGUGCUCUAUCGAAAGAUGUAUAUAACAAUGACAUUUUGAAACGAAAAAAAAUCAUGGCCCCAUUAAAAUGAUUUUACAAAUAAGUAGUUCAUCGCUUUGUCAGUAAUUUAUCUGUUCAAUAUUUUUAUGGAAUAAAACAGUGGCAUAUACUUAAAAA